GUACCUCCAGUCCCAUAUAGCAACCCCAGACUCCUUUUCUAGGAUCUUUUAGAUGUCGCUUCUGUAACCAGAACCAUCAAUCGCUCAACAUGUCGUCAACUGAGCAGCCCAAAACGGGCCGCAGCCCAAUAUUCGCGCGCGUCCUUGAACACACCGGCCUACGAACCCUGUAUCACUCAUCCAUCGACGUCAAACUCCUCUGCAUCCAGCGUUUUGUGCGUCUCUUUGCCUAUGGCGCAUCCACGCUGGUCCUAGUGUCUUUCCUCCGGGAGCUGGACAUUUCGCAGACCCAUAUCGGCCUGUUCAUGACCUUGACUCUCUUUGGCGAUGUCGGUAUCAGCUUUGUGCUCGCCUGCUUCGCGGACGGUAUCGGGCGCAAGUGGAUUCUGACGCUAGGCGCCGUGCUCAUGGUAGCAAGUGGCGUCGUCUUUGCUCUCUCGAGCUCAUUCUGGAUUCUUCUGUGCGCGGCUGUCUUUGGUGUCAUCAGUCCCAGUGGCAAUGAGAUUGGGCCGUUCCGCGCGGUCGAGGAGAGCACGAUUGCGCACAUUGUCACGCCCGAGCAGAGGGGUGAUAUCUACGCCUGGUACAGCCUGACGGGCAGCGCAGGCUCGGCGUUUGGGACCAUGACGUGCGGCUGGCUGCUGGAGGUUGCUUUUGCCAAACUUGACUGGGAGAGGGUCGACGUGUAUCGCCUCGCGUUCUGUGCCUACGGCUGUCUUGGCCUCAUCAAGGCUGCGCUUGCCUUGAUGCUGAGCCCAGCCGUGGAGUUGGAGCCCAGCAAGCCUUCGACCAGCGACCAAGAGCAAGCCCCCUUGUUGCGAGACAGCGCUGCUCCGCAGGCACCUGCUAAGAAGUCCCUGCUCCCGAAUCUGAGUGGUCGGGGUAUGCGCACCGUCAUCACUCUUUGCUUCUUGUUUGCGUUGGACUCGUUUGCGUCCGGGCUAGUGCCACUCUCAUGGAUCAUGUACUACUUCAAGUCGCGUUUCGGACUGCAGGAGGGACGGCUGGGUUCUGUUUUCUUCACGACCGCCAUUAUUGCCGCAGGCUCAACCCUCGUUGCCGCGUCACUCGCCAAACGUCUGGGCAACGUGCCGACCAUGGUCUUCACGCACAUCCCUUCUGCCAUCUUCCUCGCUCUGAUCCCCAUUCCGAGCUCGCUGCAGGGGUCUCUCACCUUCCUCAUCCUGAGGUCCUGCAUCCAGUCCAUGGAUGUUGCGCCUCGCUCCGCAUUCCUGGCAGCCAUUCUACGCCCCGAGGAGAGGACGAUGAGUAUGGGCCUCAUCAAUGUCGUCAAGACCACAGCAACGAGUGUUGGACCGUCCAUCACGGGCGUGCUAGCAGGCAAGGGCAUGUUCUGGAUCUCGUUUUUGGCGGCAGGUAGUCUGAAGGUCAUUUACGACUUGGGACUGCUCGCCCUGUUCAAGAACCACGAGCGGCACGACGCUGAUAGGAGGAGGGCAGGCGAGGGCGAGGAUGAAGCGGCAUAAGGUAGGCUUGAAACCAGUAGGGUAGCCAAAACCGCUGCAAUGCAAAUAGACGUUGUCAUGGUGCCUGGAAAUGUGGGGCGCAUCGAUCGUCGUCAUGCGGGCGCCGUGUCACGAGCGAGACAGACGGA